AGGGCUGGUUCCCUGGCAAGGUAUCCGUGAAAGGCAGCAAGCUGCCGGUAAAGGUGUGGAGUUGGUGCUGUAGACAGCACAGACUGACUUAUGCUUAGAGAGCUGGAGUUUCUGCCCCUCCUCAGGCAAUGAACUAAAGACUUUGGAACUGAACUGAGCUCCCAGGACAUUAAUGUGGGAGGCUGCCCUAGCACCGGCCUCUUGCUUUUUUCUGCCCUGAGUUCCAGCCACCCCAAACACAUGCCAACUGAGCUCACUGCAAGCUUGGGAAUGCAUGCCCUCUCCGACCUGGAUUCCUCCCUCACGACCCGGCUGCUCCACAAGGGUCCCGAGUACCUGCGCCGGCAGAUAGAUAGAGGAGACCGGGCCAAGAAGAGUGCUGUGGAGAGACUAGCAGCUGAUAAGGCCAAGUAUGUCAAAAGCCAGCAGGUAAUUGGCACCAAACAGGAGCCUGCCAGGCUGAACUCAGCUUCAGAGAGCAGCAGAGAAACCUGUUCUGUGGAGAGCAGAAGGAGCAGCAAGGACUUGAGAGGGAGAAAAGAGUCAGAGAGCCGGGACAUCUGGUGCCCCACUCCCCAAGUGUUUCCCGUGACCCGGAGAAUAAUUGCCAGGAGGCAACUGAGGCCGGACUCCCUCAUUAUCUAUCGCCAGAAGUGUGAGUUUGUCAAAGGCCAAGGCUCUGAGCACACAAGAGGGGGCUUGGUGAGGAAGAUCCUCCAGAGUCCCAGCAAAGAAAAGAUGUUAGUGUCACUGGACAUGCCCAGAGUGAAGGAGGAAGUCAAAGUGGAAAGUGAGGAGACCCAACUGGAGAGAAAAGAAGCUAAAAUGGACCCUAAAGAGGCCGGGCUGAAUGGUGAAGAGACCAGAUUGGAAAAGAAAGAUCCCAGAGUGGAGAAUGAGGAGACGAGAUUGGAGAGUGAGGAGCCCGGAGCGGAAAACAAGGCCAGAGUGGACAACAAGGACACUGCUCCUUCCAGUUCCCCAGCAACCACCCGCCUUGGUGACCCUUCCGGGCAGGACAAGAUGCCAAUGAAGGCAGAUGUGGCCCCAGCUGAUUUCAAGGAAGUGAAGAGAAGAAGCCUGCACCGCUCCAAGUCUGACAUCAGCUCUCGCUAUUCCAAAUCCUUCUCAGAGUUUGACACCUUUUUUAAGUACUGUGGCCUGGACCCUGAGGUGGUGGAAGAUCUGGGGAAGGAAAACUUCUCAGCAGGAUGGGACCAUCGAUCCUUCAAGAUCCGCAGCGUUAGCAUGGCCACCUCCGAAGGCGGCUUCUCCCAUCCCAGUGGAGAUGAGGGGCUGCUGGAAGAAGAGGUGACGGAGCAAGUUCCCAGCACCACAUCAGUGAUAGAACGCAAUGCCCGGAUUAUCAAAUGGCUAUAUACCUGUAAAAAGGCCAAAGAGACUCAGAGCAAGGGCACCCAAGACUUAGCUGGUAAAAAGCUGGUUCCCGAAGCCACGGAAGCACGGUAAAACCAAGAAACUUUCCUUGAGAUGGAGGAUACACAGAACAGAUCGUGGACUGCUUUUAAUCUCCCUAAAGUUUCUACUUGUCUGACAGAACUUAAGGAAGGAUUUGUUGCUUCCCCAGAGGAAACUUUUCUCAUCUCAAAAGAGUCUGGAGGCUCUCCAGCAAGAGAAGUGAAUCUUUGAGUGACAGAGAAAUUGGAGGCUCAGCUGAGAUAUUUGGAAAGAACAUCAAAUUUAGAUGAAUCUAAUGGUACAACAAACUGCUAAAAUAUUUAUUAUUUUGAAGGUGGGUCUGUGCCAUGAUAUCAUGCUGAACCAGAUGAGAAUUAGGUGAUUAUAAAAAGGAUAUCUACCUAUCUCUCUGCCUGUAGAAAGACCUAAAGACACUUAGCUUAAACUAAAUAUUGUAUUCUAUUUUUGUACUUACUUUAUUGUGGUUAAGCUCUUAAAUUACUUAAGUAUUUAUUUAAGCUGGUUGUAAAACCACCAGACAACAUAUGUAGCUUAUUUUGGGGAGGUUUUGUUAAAUAAUAGUCAAAUAUUUUUGUAUGAUAAAGCUCUAUAUAAAUAUGUCUGCCUGUACUAUAUAGAGGACUGACUACUCUAAUGAAUGUUUGUAACAAAGCAUGAAAUUAUUUUCUUCAGCAUCUCUGUGGGUCAUGGGAGGGGAAAAAAUACAUCAUAACAUUGAUAGAGAUUCUUUUCUUUGCCAACUGAUAUUCCAUUAUGAGAAUUUUUCUUUAGUCAUUACUCUAAAAUUGCUGCUGUUUAUCUAAACAUUAGGUGAUGCCCUUGGUUAAAAUAGAUAAUGUAAAGAUAGGGGGAACUAAUUCUUUUAUUUGAAAGUAUGCAGUUAAUUCUUCACAUAAAUGGACAUGUAUUGUUUCAGACAAGAUAAUUUAGUACUUUUCUGCUGCAUUAUGAGUCAAAUGUACCUUAAACCAAAAUGGUCACUCACAUCUAUUCAUAGAAUGGAGGAAAAGAAUUUGAUUUCACUUUUAAAUUAUUAGGAGACAACUGAGCAUUCAUUAAAUGUAUGGGGGCUGAACCUAGGUAUGCCUUGGAAAGUGAACAUUUAGAUAAAGGUAAAAGGAGUACUCAGAAUAGAAGAGUAGAUCUCCUGCUUCAGUAACCCAUACCCAUCUGUGACCUAGAAAUUAUAAAGUAGCCAACAGAGUAAGUAAGUAUUGCCAUUUUAUACUGUUCGCUUUGCUCAUCAUCUGGUGACAAAGUUCUGGGUAUUUAUUAGUUCUAGAUCCAAAAAUAAAAAAUUGUAACUUCUGCUUUAAUAAAAGAUUGGGAGUGAGAACACCUUUCUCCUAAAUCUGACCUACAAAUCACUUAAUCCCUCUCUGUCUUAAACCUUACCAGAAGAGGACUAUUCACUAACCACCAGAAUAAGGAAUAAUCUACCUUCAAACAAAUUUCAUUAUUAAAAGAAUGCUCUUAUUAGAAAUAACACGUUUAGAGAUAAUAGAAGGCAAAACUAUCAUUAAAUAUGAGAAAUAGCAGUGGUCUUUUUACUCACAUACAGAAACAGUUGGCCUCAUUUCAAACUAUAUAUAUAUAUAUAUAUAUAUAUAUGCAAGUAUAAAGUUAAUUAUGAUCAUAUCUGCCUGUACCAUAUAGAGAACUGACUAUUCUAAUGAAUAUGUUUGUUUGCUUGUUUAAAAGAUAUUCUUUGUACAUUGCCCCUUUUAUAGGGUUUAAAGUCCAUAAUUACAGGACAGUUUUGUGAUAAAGAGAUCAGUUCUAUACUAUAGGUACUUCUAUUUAGAUUCAUAUUAAAACCUGCUUUUGCCAUAGAACUACUAUGCUGUUUAUGAUGUAUAACAAAAAUAAAGUUGUAUAUUUCAUUUA